ACGCACGCGUUUGACACGAGCUUCAUAUUCCAAAAGCAACUUCUGUAUACGUGCUAUUCUGGUGCGAUUACUGAGAGUGUAUAAGCCGAUACCUAAACUUAGGUUGCGACUCACUAGUCUACUUAACAGUUAAUAUAACCCUGUAAUCGGAAAGUUGCUUAUGGCUUAUUUAAGAAUCCUGGGCAUCUGUGUGUUUGUCAUCAUAGGAACUGCAGCUGAACUUCAAAGGGUUGGCAAGGCAGUAAAAGAAAGAGAUUUAAUUGAUACGAGUACGAAAGAACCAGUAAUCCUCCACCAAUAUAAAGCAAAAUGUAACGGUGAAAUAACUUCACUCAAUUUUCAUGCCGCGUCUGAAAGUAAUUUUGUAUUCCAGGUUUGGAGACCCUGGGGUUACGAGUACAAGCUUUUGCACUCUUUGGAUGUUUUAACUAAACCUGGAAUCAACAAGGUCGACCUGCUCCGACCGAUACCUGUAGUAGAAGGUGAUACAAUAGGUUUAUGCCCAAUGUCCCAACCUUCAAUCAAUAUCUUCACUCUUCAAAGAGCCUCUCAUCCUAUUCCAGUUACUUUUUAUGAAGGCGGCGGCUUCUUUUUAAAUGGGGCAAGUUGCGAAGAGGUUCAAGCCGGUGAAGUCUGCGCACAACUACGUCAUUCGUCAGGCUCUAACCUACAACGAAGAGUUUACUCGAUCAAUGCAAUGAUCGAAUGCUACCCAAACGAACCUGAAGUUGCUGCCACACCUUCGACUGUUGGAACAGCCCAAACUGAUACAGAUUGUGUCGAUGGUAAUGGAGUUAAUUAUAGAGGGAAAGUGAGCAUAACAAGAGGAGGAAUCCCUUGUCAGAAAUGGAGCAGCGGACUUCCGCAUGUAACAAAUUAUUCACCAACUUCUCACCCUGGGCAAUCUCUGGAAGAAAAUUUCUGUCGCAAUCCAGAUGGUGACGCGAAUGGUCCUUGGUGUUAUACUAUGGAUCCAGGUCUCAGGCAUGAUUACUGCUCCAUACCCGCUUGUGGUGGCAUUGAGGCGCGUUCUUCUGCAGUAGCCACUUUGUUGAACCCAUUCCCGUUUUUCGAAACACCAACAACACAGGCCUACAGCAUCGGUUAUGACGUCAAAGCUCGUCCUUCGUCCUUUGGAUUUCCAACUACCACAAUCAUUCUAACAAACACUGCGUCAAAAUGCGAUGGAAGGGUGGAAAGUUUCUCCCUCUGGGCAACUGUAACGGGAGCCAUUAAAUUGCAAGUGUGGCGCUACAGUGCUAUGGUGGGGUUUUCCCUUUGGUGGGAAAGUCAGGUUGACGUCACGGAAGGAUACAACAAGAUCAGUUUCCCGAUCAGUCUUGUCCGGAUAGGCCGUCAUGAUGUGUUGGGUUUCACUUCAUUACUAACUGGUUCGUCCUUCGUAAGCUACACUGAUGGAGCUGGUGAUUUCUAUUUGUAUUCGAACAGUUGUUGGAAAAAAUCCAGGGGCCAACAGUGCAAGGGUUUGAUGUUGUCCUCCCCACACGCCUCCAUCAACGUUGCUGCAUGGGCGAACGACAUCACUCAAAGCUUCCUUGAUUCUACUAUUGCAGCAAACUUACAACGAAGUGCAGAACCUCUGGCUACGCAUUCACUUAUUCGUGAAUUUUCAAUCAAAGCGGAAAUAACAUGCGAUCAAGAGCCUUCAACUUUUGAACGGAGUGCCACUGCUGACCCAAAUCCGAGACCAAAUGCACCAAAACCCGUCGAACCUCAAAUGCUACCUCCCCCAGGCCUGGCUGGCUUUGGUACAGCGGUGAAUCGGAAUUUUGUCGACUUGGUCCGCCGAAGUCGAACUAUCUUCCUUCCAGGCUCAGCUUUUUCUUGCAAUGGAAUCCUCAACCAACUGACCGUAUUUUUAUCUCAAGUUCGUCCUACAGUGCAAGUCUUAUACGAAUUCGUGGUUGUGCAGGUUUGGAGACCCGGUGUUUAUACUGAUGCGAAAUCCGUUGAGAGUUUGCUCUUCCCGGAGUUCAGAAGAAGCGGUUUCAGAUUGAUGUGGGAAACUCCUGUGUCCGGUUACUCUACUACUGCUGUCACUUUAAAUCAAUUGACGGUUCCGGUACAGAAAGGGGACGUAGUUGGUUUCACCACAAAAAGCAUGUUCGGCCAACAGAGCAGUUCUCUUCCGUUCGAUACGUUUGGUGGGCAGUUCUACGCGUCAGAUGCUUGUUCAAAUGUCGUACCAGAGAUAAAUGGCCCAAUGGAAAUUUUGAGCAUCAUGUCGCAAACCAGGCCUAGUUAUGACAACGUUUGCUUUGACUUCGUUUCAUCACGUACAACUGGAUCUGGACGUAGGACGUAUUCCAUCAAUGCCAAUGUUGUUUGUCAAGAAUAAGGUUUUGUAUGGCCAAGAUUUGGUUCUUUAUUAUUGCACAUCACAAUACCGAUUACUGUAAUACAAUAUGUACACAAUUUA